AUGGGCUUAAAUGCUUGCCUCAUUGAGCUUAAAUGGGCUUUAAAGGCAUGGACUUUCUUUUUAAUAAGCAACGCAAUAGUUAAGCAUACAUAUUAUCCCAAGCCUAAUGCCGGGAACAAUCCCCAUGGCUUGGCCGUAUCUCAGGAUGGUGAAGGUUUGAAAAGGGGAACAAGGGUGGGAGAAGGAGCCCUGAGGGAAGUUGCAGCAUGCAUAUUAGAUCAUCCCAAGGGCGGGCCUUGCAACUUAUCAAGCGAGGCUAUUGGCUUUGCUGGCGUGCCUCCUACAGUUUUGGUUAAGUGCUUGCACAAAGGCUUUAAUUAUUCGAAAGGGUAUGAAGGCUCAUUAAAGAAUGUUAAGAUUGGGUCAUUGCAGAUGUUCAUGAAGAAUGAUGGAAGUUGUGAGGAGAUGGUUCCUAGUCGUUUCCCCGUGGAGGAGGUGCACAAGAUUAGUGUGUUUGAUCUAAGAAUGGCAAAUGCCGAGUGGCAUGCCGGGAAUACUUUGUUUAGAAAAGGGGAAGAUGGUCAGACUCUGCCCAUUCCAAUUGAUCAUGGAUACUGCCCACCUGAGAAUGUAAGUAAAUGCGUUCUUGCUUUCAUGCUUUGCUAUCUUAGUAAUAUCUUAAAUGUUCGAACCAGCGUUCUUGCCGUUGCCUACUUUUCAUGA